UAAACUUCACCAAACCUGUCCAUCUGACUGACCUAGUUCCGUGAUCAUCGCGGUCUCUCCUCAAUGAACGGUAGACAUUAACUCAGCAUAGCCGAACCACCUCUGAUAAAGAAGCCAUCCAUGCGACGGGAAGUACAGUGGAAGCACUCUAAAGCCUCUCUCAGAACCUUCAGCCAAUCGAAGUGCUCUAAUCAGGUCGGCUGACUAGCACACGGGUCUCCAGGACUCAAUGAAGGCUAAAAGGAGUGAUCAAGAGCUGAAGGAUGAGGAGAUGGAGCUGUUCACAAAAUACUACUUGGAAUGGAAAGGAGGAAGAAAAAAUGACAAUGCCCCCUAUAUGAACAUACCACGAUUUUAUUACAGGGAACCAUUCCCAAAUGUUAUGGCAGAACAGCAAGGCAAAUCCAAACCAUCUGGCCGGGCCCCUCGUGGCCCCACCUGGAGUGAUGAGGAGACCAGAGUCCUCUUGGGUCACUGGAACACCUUGCUGAUCCAGCGCCGAGUUCAGAACAUGCCCACCAACAGUGAUCUCUACGCUGUCCUAGCCAAGAAGAUGGCUGAAGAGGGAUUCCUACGCACACGAAUCCAAUGUAACAACCGGAUCCGGGAUCUUCAUAAAGCAUAUCGCAAGGCAAAAGACGCUAUGGGUAAGGCCGGGGCCAUACCAGUUCGCUGUCGCUUCUUCAGGGAGCUGGAUGAGAUCUGUGGAGGAGAAACAGAAGCUGUCCCCUCAUCAAUGAGUCAAACUAUGAGACUCCAGCCCUCCACUACCAUGGUUCAACCAGGGUCUUCCUGGGAACCUAUACCAGAAAUUUCCUGGACGGUGGAAGAUGACUCUGAGACAGAGGCAGUCUUUGAUGGAACCCAUGAUGCCACACAACCCCUCCAGGAGGUGUUAAACAUUAAAGUGGAAUCUGAGCUUGAAGAAGCUGCUGUCUUUCAGCUGCCCUCAGAACCCAUUUCGUCAUCUUCCUCCAGCACAGUGGCAAUUGCACCUGCCUUGGAGGAGGAGCAACAGUCUGCUUUCCAAGAACCCGGCAUCCUAAUUCCUGCCCUGUCAGCCGCUGCUCAGGCUCCACAGCUCUUGUGCCCCACUUACCAUUCUGAAGAGAGACGAAAAGCAGGAGUCCAGGACAAAACUGCCAUAGGGAGAUCAAGACGUGACUCAGAGGCAGUGCUAAGGCCACCAGUGCCAGCCAUGGACAGGUUGGCACAGAUGAGUGCUAGAAGACGUCGGGCCAGGGAGGAAACCAUAGACCGCCUGCUGGAGGAGAUAAGGACUGGAAGGGAGGCCAUGGAUGCAACAUUCCGGCUCUUCCUUGAACAGCAGCGAUCAUUCCAGAACAGCCUCAUCUGGGAGAUGCGGCUGGCAAGGCAAGAACAACGCCGGGCUGCUGAAGCUGAGCAUCGAGCUCGCCAGGAGGAGUGGCAACAGCAGAGGACUCAACAUAUCCUGGAUGCUAACAGAAUGGAUGCUGAGAUAAUUCGAUUCCGACAAGAGCUCAAUCUCCUGAGACAUAAUUUUAUGGACUUUUCAGCAGCAAGAUCUUUUCCCACAGCUUCCCAGCUGAGGACAACCUCCCCUGUGCUUGCCCACAUGGAGAGUCCUGGCCCUUCUGGAUCACACUGGGAAGGCUGUACACCCAGAGCAACCGAGCUGCAGGCACUUCUUCCAGACCCAAGGGUGCUUGGGGUGCCUUCAAGGGGGAGGCGAGGGAGGCCAAGGAAGCGUGGUGGUGUUACCAGAAAGCAGAUCCGCAGAGAGUAAUGGCAGUCUGACUGAGUUACUGUUUUUGAUGAGCUGCCCCUGGAAUUGGUGCUGUUCAACCUUCUCUCUACCUCCUUUAUUUCUGCACUGACAGUCAACCACUUUGGGUUUCAGCACUGUUCUUUUAAACUUAAAAUGCACUUGAAUAUAAUCAGUAUUAUGCUUCGCAUUGCUAUUCAUCUUCUAUGUCUUUAUGUAGUAAUAGUCGUAUGUUCCUCCAAUCAUUCUGUGAUUUUCUUCUUUUUCCCUUCAGUUUUUGUAAUAAAUUCUUUCCCCCUCAAUAAAUUUUGUCAUGGUUUUCACCUAUAAAAUCUUACGUGGUUCAGGACUUAAUACCUCGAGGACCCCUGUCCAACUUGGGACACUGCGUUCAUCAUCUGAGACCUUUCUUCAUGUGCCCUGUCCAAGGGAGGUGCAGAGGGUGGCCAUGCAAGAACAGGCCUUUUCACUGGUGGCUUCCCAUUUGUGAAAUGUUCUUCCCAGGGAAGCACACCUGGAGCCCUAAUUGUCUGUUUUUAGGCACCAGGCAAAAAUGUUCUCAUUUACCUGUGCUUAUGUUCUUUAAUUGAGAGGGUAGUUAGAUAUGUUUGUGGAUUUUGUUGAGCUCAUCUUUAAAGUGGGGUGGGUUGUGUAACAAAAGGAGGAAAGGAGGGGACUGAGGUUCCCAAAGCAAAACUAAUUGGACUCAAAAUCCCCCAAAUACCACCCCCUCCACCUCCUUGUAUCAGUAUACUAUUACAGUGCAUGUGAGGCGUAAAAACCCUACGAGUUGGCAAACAUACCACAGAACUCGCUUUCAACGUAUAAAUAUAUCAAAUUUAUUUAACAUAAGAUAACUCUAAAACAGAAAAACAACAAAGAAAAGCAGAACAGAAAAUAACACAGGCUGCAGUGGCUCCAAUUAUCUAAUCCUUUUCCUCUUCUUGCAAUUAAAUUCUUCUUUCCUGUGUAAAAUUGACUGAUGCAUCUAUUGCAAACUUCCCCCAUCAAGGGAGAGGAAAGGCACAACCAAACUGCAUAUUCCCACCCUCCUUUUAAAGGGUCCUUCCACACACACUCAGGCGUCUAGGUUUUUUGCCUCAUUAAGGCUCCCAUCGCUCCUUGCAAGCACCAAAGAUUGGAGUCACAGCUGUUCGUCAGCUGACUAACCAAUUUUACCACUAGCAAAUGUUGACCUUUUGAGAAAAGGGAGGGGAAGAUCAGAACCCCCACCCCCAACAGCUAAAACCACAAGCAAAGGUCAAAAGUAAACUUUUUUUCACAGGUAGGAUUUGUUCCUUUUAAAUAUAUUAUCAGAUAAGCAUUUUAGUUUUUGCGUAUUGCUGUUUUUAUCUG